AUGGGCAGUAUUGCAGGGAUUAUCAUUGGCAGGGAACGUGGGCUUCCAACGGUUCGGUCGGCUGGAAAUCUUACGCAUGAGGAAUUUUCAGCGGUCACUUGUGUUUCAAUGUGUGCCGAGGCUACUGAAUAUGGUGGCAGGAAAAAUCCCACACCUUGCACCUCAUCUCCGCCGCUGCCCAUCAGUUCGCCGGUCGCUGACGUCCUGCCACCGUCUUUCUCUCCCUGGGAACAAGCAACGGGAGUCGAUGCACACCUUUUGUCUCAUGCUGUGAGCACAUGUGGGUCCAAGCGUGACCUUUUUGGGGGUCUUCAAUAUCAUUGCCUAGCAAUAAUUACUGGCUAUAUUGCUAAUUUAUAUGUUGGAAGUUCUUUGGUAAGUUUAUACAGUAAAUGUGCCUUGUUAGAAGAUGCUUAUCGGGCCUUUGAAGAAAUGCGUAUCAGAAAUGUGGUGUUAUGGACAGCAAUUAUAGCUGCGUUUGCACAAGAGUCUCACAUUGACAAGUGUUUGGAGCUCUUCCAUGGUAUGAGAAAAUCAGCAUUGAAGCCUAACGAGUUCACAUAUACAAGCAUUUUGAGUGCUUGUACGGGCAGUGGUGCACUUGGACAGGGGAGAAGUGCUCAUUGUCAAAUAAUUCAAAUGGGCUUUUAUGCUCAUCUCCACAUUGACAAUGCUCUUGUCAGUAUGUAUUGCAAAUGUGGAGUGAUCCAAGAUGCCUUGUACAUAUUUGAACACAUGAAAGAUAGGGAUGUUAUCACGUGGAAUUCCAUGAUAGCAGGAUAUGCACAGCAUGGGCACGCAAAAGAGGCUAUUGAUCUUUUUGAAAAGAUGCAAUUGCAAGGUGUUAGUCCAGAUGCCAUAACUUUCCUUGGUGUGUUAUCUUCAUGUCGGCAUGCAGGACUUGUUAAAGAAGGUUGGCUAUACUUUAACUUAAUGGCUGAACAUGGCCUAAACCCAGAAUUAGAUCAUUAUUCAUGUAUUAUUGAUCUUCUUGGCCGGGCUGGCUUGCUUCUUGAGGCACAAGAUUUCAUCCAAAACAUGCCUGUUUACCCUAAUGCUGUAAUGUGGGGUUCGCUACUUUCAUCCUCUAGGCUUCAUGGAAGUGUAUGGAUUGGCAUCCAGGCAGCAGAGAGCAGGUUAUUGCUUGAACCGGGCUGCCCUGCAACACUUCUUCAACUGGCCAAUUUGUAUGCCAGUGCAGGCUGGUGGGAUCAAGCAGCACGAGUGCGAAAAAUGAUGAAAGAGAAGGGGUUGAAAACAAAUCCUGGUUAUAGUUGGAUUGAAAUUAAAAAUGAAGUCCAGAGAUUUGGAGUAGAAGAUAAGUCAAACAGUAGAAUGGCUGAGAUCAUUACAGUAAUCGGUAGUCUAAUAGAUCACAUGAGAAGUUCAGGCCUUCCACAGAUGCCCGAGGAGGAAGAUGUUAUGUUUUCUUAGAACUAGUUGGUCCUUCUGCAUUAGCCUAGAUACAUCGCAAGGCUUUCUAGUAUUUCAAGCAUCCCCUAUGCUUGCAGGGAAGCAGUGAAGAAAAGAUGAAUGACUUGAUGGGGCUAUCAGAAUCUAAACUUUCUCCAGAUGAGAUAAUAUUACAAACCUGGAAUGGCAAGAUAUCUUGAUCUCUCCUUUUCAUAUCUCUUGGUGCGAAUUACUUGUGAGCAAGCAUAGCUCUCAGGACUACAGAGAGAAAGGCAUUCGCAUUUCAUGGCAAUACCAAUUACCAAGUUUCAUACGACCUUGUGAUCUGUUUUGGUUGUUCGUUUAAUUUUGUCCGGAAUUGUAAUUUAUUUCCUCA